GGACACACGCGAGAUCGCAAUCUGAUCAAUCAUCAAACCGUUCUCACCUUCCUCCCACUUUGCCAUGGUGCUUCCAGAAUCUGCCAAUGCUUGGGCCAUGGCUUCCUCACCAUCCUAGGGUACCUAAUCUUACAAUUGCAAAGCUUUGCGUGAGCCCUACGGUACCUGCUGUAAUUGAGCUUGAGCCUUGAGGUGCUGUAGAAUCACAGUCAGCUUGUCCGAACACCGCAAGUGCGGUCCAAGUGUGUUGAGAUUUGUGCCGUGUUAAAACAGGCUGUCUCAAGCCCUGGGGAGCAAUGUUAGCUGCCAGAUCCUGUGUGUAGUGAGGAUGCCAAUGGUGAAGAAGAGGCGCAGAGCACUUUGGUGCAGCCCCAGGCUGCCCAACUGCCGACACAUGAUCAUGAUGAGUACGGUGUAAUCCUGGGGGAAUUGUACCAGGCAAGUGCUUGAGGACUAGGCUGCUGCGACCUACAUACAUGUCCUCACUUCCGUUUGCAAAGCACUUGAUUGGAGCGGACGGAUUACCGGCAGUCGUUAGCUGCAGUGCUGCGGCCCUGGCUGGUGAAUGCCACCUUGUUUUCUGGCGCGCUGGGUUGGAGGUCCAACAGUCGAGUCAGUAAAGUGCCCCUCCCUUGCAAUUUUGGAGAUCUGGUCUUGAAAGGGUUGCCCUAGGCCCAAAGGGGCAGUUUGCCCCCUGCGCCGCGGUGGCAUGGGCAACAGCCUGACCUCCCGCAGCAGCGGGGAGCCCCACCGCCUGGAGGCCAGCAUCUUCCGCAAGGGCGAGCACUCGCGGCGCGGCGUCAAAGUGGGGGGGCUCAAAGUGAGUGUCCAGGAGGCCCCCGAGUACCCGGACGAGCCGGAGCUUGAGAACGACCUCAAUGUCAGCUUUGGCUACCACUGCCGCACCUACUCGGAUGCCGAUGGGGGGGCGCUCUCCAAGAGCUUUGGCGAAUCGUCCAGUUCGGCGCUGGGCGGCAGCACGCCCGACUCGUUCAAGGACAUGUCGCCCCUGGGUGUGGCGCCCUACCCCGGCGCGGGGGACGGGUGGAAGCGCAGCCGCAAGCACGGGUCGUUCUCGUCGCUGGCAGGCGCCGCGCUGGGGGCCAACACGACGCUGGGCAACACAACGCUGGCUCACGGCAGCGUCCCCAACCUGGACUCCCCGCGCACCUUCCGCAAGCUGGGCUCCGGCGCGCUCUCCGUCUCCAGCUUUGCCACCAGCACCCACUCCAGCAGCUCGUCAUCGGGCUCCGGCCCCUUUGCUUUCAAAACUGCGUCCUCUCCCAGCCCCCCCCUGCCCUCCAUCCUGGACGAUGCGGGGUGGCCGCGCGGCGGGGGCGGGCCGCACAGCUCGAGCGCCCCCAGCCUGGCCAAGCACGCCAGCUUCUUGCAUGCCAGCGACCUCCAGAUGGCGGGCGGCUGCGCGGGGGAGGACCGCGUGAUGGCCGUGUGCAGCGAGGAGAACGGGUGGCUCUUCUGCGGGGUGUAUGACGGCUUCAACGGCAGGGACGCCGCAGACUACCUGGCAGCCAACCUGUAUGAGAACAUCUGCAUGCAGCUGCGCCUGCUGGAGUGGCGGCUGCAGCACGACCAAGGGGGGGCCGAGGCCCCGCUGGUUGGGGGCCGCAUCUGGCAGCACACGUGCUCCCACGCCGGCUCCCGGGGGGGCGCGGACGAGGGGGACGCCGACACUGCCGAUGUGCUUGCAAGUGUUGACAUAAAUGUGACGGGGCUGGAGCUAGAAAGCAAGGCAGGCAAGAAGGCUGGCCGGGAGGGCGGGGUCAGCAUACCCCCCGCAAGCAGCACGUACGGGCGCUGCGCCACGGCCCCUAAAGCAAUCGGGGGCCUGCCACGCAUUGCUGAGGGGAAGCGGCGCUCCGUGUCCCCCUGGAACGGCGGUCGGCCCGGGAGGGCCCGACGGGGCAGCAGCGAGCAGCAGGGGGAAGGGGGGGCUGGGGGCGGGGCAGGUGUGAGCGAGGAGGCGUUCCGGGGGGGGGUGGUGCGCGGACUGGUGAAAGCACUGGCGGCGACGGAAUCGGACUUCAUGGACACGGUGGAGCUGGAGAUGGACGAGCGGCCGGACCUGGUGAUGGUGGGCAGCUGCGUGCUGGCGUGCCUGAUGCACGGGCAGCACCUGUACGCGCUCAACCUGGGGGACAGCCGCGCCGUGCUCGCCACGCGGGGGGGCGGCAGCGGGGUGGGCUGCUGCGACGAGGGGUGCUGCGCGGUGCAGCUGACGCAGGACCACAAGGUGGCUGACGUCGACGAGCGCGACCGGCUGCUCGGGGAGCACCCCGAUGACGACACCACCAUCUGGAACGGGCGAGUCAAGGGCAAGCUCGCCGUCACGCGCGCCUUUGGGGCCGGCUACCUUAAAAAGAAGAAGAUGAACGACGCGCUGAUGGGCAUCCUGCGCGUGUCGGAUCUGGAGAGCCCGCCGUACAUCAGCACGCAGCCGUGGGUGCACGUGCAUGCGGUGACGCCCGCGGACCGCUUCGUGCUGCUCUCCAGCGACGGCCUCAACGACUUUUACACCAACCAGGAGGCCGUGCACGAGGUCUGCCGCUUCACCGCGGCGCACCCCGACGCCGACCCCGCCAAACACCUCCUCGAACAGCUCCUGGCCAGGGCCGCCGACAAAGCAGGCCUGACGGUGGAGCAGCUGAAGAACGUGCCCAGUGGGCGGCGGCGUAAGUAUCAUGACGACAUCACGAUCGUCAUCAUCAUGUUGCAGCCGGGGAACAUGAAGACGUCGUCCGCAUCGACGUUAAACGGCCAUGUAUGAUACAGGCGCAGCAGAGAUCAAGAGGGCGCAAACAUGCCUCUCGAUGCUGAGGAAACGCAAUUUUGAUCCUGAGGGGACCAAAGCAGAAACCGGCGAGGCAAAAAGAAGGUGCAUACUCGAUGAGCAAGGUUUAUCUUGCUCAACAGGAACAGGCUGGCUAUUUAGAUCCGUCUAUGCCAGAUUAGUAGGCUUUGCUCUAUAUUGCUCUUUACUAUGUAACUUACGGUACAAGGAUAGACAUAGGCAUUCGGUAAUUUUUCCAGCUCAAGCCGUUCGACCAUCCAGAUUGAGGGAUGGGCCGGCCACGUUGAUGGACACGCAUCCAUUCAAACUUCGGGUCUCGAACGUUGUGUGACUCUCGAGCGCAUAAGGUUUUUUCACUCCGCAUGCAAGCAUCGCUAAGUGGAUUGCACACUAACAACCAGGCCGCCUACUGGACGGUGGAAGCUUUGAGGACCAGACCCCCGGCCAAAAGCUUUGCAAUUCUGGUGUGGGUGAUAAGGUUUUGACAGUUUAUA